UUAAAUUCUAACUUUGGGAAUAGGCAACUUCAAAGAAUAAGAAUAUAAUUAUAACUAGCUUUUUAUUACCAUAAUCAUAUAUGAAAUAAAACAAACACAAAAUAUAAUCUAAUUUUGUGAAUAAAAAAAAUGGAUGUCAUUAGAAGAUUUCAUACGAGAGGUGAUCAGAGAAAUAAAUCAACAUACAGAAUAUGUUUCUGUUUUAGGCUUAUGUUUAGGCUGAAACUUGCAGAACCUCCACAGGAAAUUGUAGAUGUAUUCAAUAAUUACUCAAACAAUGGGGUAAUGACAGUUGAAAAUCUGCAAGAUUUUUUGAGAGAAUUUCAAGAAGAAAAAAAUUAUUUUGAAGUAGCUGAAUCCAUUUUUAAUAGUCUUAAACAUCUUCAUGUGUUUCAAAGGAGUGGUCUUCACCUUCAUGCCUUCUUCAAAUAUCUAACUGGAGACCUCAAUUCUCCUCUUGCUCAUCAAGGGGAGGUGCACCAUGACAUGAAUAAACCUCUGUCCCAUUACUUCCUAUACACAGGCCAUAAUUCCUACUUAACAGGGAAUCAACUAAGCAGUGAUAGCAGCAUUGAGCCUAUCAUUCGGGCCUUACAAAGUGGUGUCAGGGUGAUCGAGCUUGAUUUGUGGCCGAGCAGGACGAACAAGCACGAUAUUGAAGUCCGGCAUGGAGGGACAGUGACUUCUUCAGUAAAACUGAUCAAAUGUCUGGAAGCAAUAAAAGAUCAUGCUUUUGCUGCAUCAAAAUACCCUGUCAUCAUUACUUUUGAAGAUCACUUGAGUCCUCGACGUCAAAAGAUAGCAGCCCAGAUGGUGAGCAACACAUUUAGAGAAAUGUUAUAUCCUGGAGUGGAUUUUCUUGAGUUUCCUUCACCAGAAGAAUUGAAGGAAAAGAUUCUGAUAUCAACUAAACCACCAAAAGAAUCUUCAGAAAGUUUAAAUGAUCAAGAAAAUUAUGAUCACAAAACCAAGGAAAUCUCUGAUAGAUCACAGCCAAUACAGGAAAAUUACAGUGGAACAACUUACACAGAUCCUGAGUUUGACAUACCAAUUAAGUUUAGCCUACAGGAACACGAGGAGGAAGAGGAAGAGGACGAGGACGAGGAAGGUAGUGUUCCUAAGUAUAGCCACUUGAUCGCGAUUCAUGCACUCAAGUGGCAGGAUGGAGGACUCGAACAUUUGUUAAAACAGAAUUCUAAUCGAGAUGCUCGACUCAGUAUGAGCGAACAGGAGCUUGAAGAUACCGUCAAAUCUCAUGCAACUGAUAUUGUCAAGUUUACACAGAAGAACCUACUCAGAGUAUAUCCGAAGGGUACACGUUUUUUGUCUUCAAAUUACAAUCCACUGAUUGGAUGGACACACGGAGCGCAAAUGGUAGCAUUCAACAUGCAGGGUUAUGGGAAGCACCUAUGGAUCAUGCAGGGGAUGUUUAGAGCCAAUGGUGGCUGUGGUUAUGUGAAAAAACCAGAUUUCAUGUUAAGGAAUGAGCCAUUUGGUCCCAAAAUCAGAACCCCAGUCAAGAAAAUUUUGACGGUAAAGUUGUAUAUGGGGGAUGGAUGGCAUAUGCAAUUUCAUCGAACACAUUUCGACCGAUUUUCUCCACCAGAUUUCUUUGCCAAGGUCGAAAUAUGGGGAGUUCCGGCUGACAUAAAGAGAGAAACGACAGCAGUAAUUGAAAACCAGUGGGUGCCAAUGUGGAACAAGGAGUUCCAGUUCCCCUUGACAGCUCCUGAACUCGCGCUCCUAAGAAUUGAAGUGCGCGAUGAGGAUGUAGACGGAAGGCAUGACUUUGGAGGACAGACAUGCUUACCAAUUUCGGAGCUGAGAACUGGAAUACGAGCUGUUCCAUUGUACAACCAAAAGGGAGAGAAAUAUGAACAUGUUAAACUUCUCAUCAAAUUUCAGAUUUCACUGCCAUGAGUAUAAUUAUGUGUAACCUCCUUUUCUUCAUCACUACAAUUUCUUACCAAUUACCAUGUAUGUUGGUGAAUCAUUGGUAAUAAACCAGGACUAAAACUAAUAUUUUCCAAUGACUAAUAGUUUAAUACUUGUUCAUUAUACUUUCACUUAUUUAUAACACUACCAUCUUACUAAGGUACUUGUAAUUAUUUGAGUACCGUGA